AUGAGUACCCUUCUAUUACCACUCGUCUCCACAGGAAAUGUUCCUCAGCUGGUCACCGAUCUGAUAUUGCAUUCUUUGAGCUCAGAAUUUGAGUUUGUUCGAGAGUUAGAUAGUCAGUACUUGUUUCCUUUUACGGGACCGCUCGACUACGUUAAAGGGUCGCAAGCCAGUCUCUACGAAACUGCGGAAGGGAAAACCCUUACUACGCCUUUAGAGCUCUUUUAUAGCUCUGCACUGAAUCUGUACGUGGUACAGCAAAGAUCACCGCUACUGCAGAAUUAUGAGAACAAUUUCUGUAAAGAAGCUCUGGUACCAUUAAUCGAAGAAUUGCAAAUUGAGCAGCUGAUAAUCUUCGACGCUACUGACGAUAUUGAAGAAAGUGUGGCAGUCUCGCGACUGAAUAGAACUCCUUACUCCCUGGGGAUCUGUGAAAUCUCCCAAAUUGACGAUAUUGCAGCAGAAUUCGAGCAGAAACUGCAAAUGAAGGAUGUCUUACCUCGGCCAACGAAUAAUACUCUCUUCAAAUUCACCGAAACCAGCUUUCAAUCGGGUAUCAGCGCGGAGCAAUUCACAUACAAGUUAUGCUAUCAUCUAUUGCAAUCAUCGAAAUUUACGAGUUGUUUGAAAGGAAUACGGUAUUUCAACACUUACGUUCAAGAGGGAGACAAUUCCGAAGAUGCUGCUGCUGCUUGUGACCAGCUCCCGCUUUUCGUCGAAGGUUUUCCAAAGAUAACGCAGUACCAUACUCCUGUGUCGUGGGAAGGAGUUUAUGGGGUACGUAAUGCACCCAGUUCAUUCGAAGAGGGCCUUUAUAUAUAG